AUGAGAUGUUUGCUGCUGGUCUCUGCCCUCUGCCUGGCUGGCUGCGAAGGCAACAAGAGUGAGCUGGCAAGCCCGCAUGGCCUGAGGCAAGGGGUUGCCCUCCGUCUCAAGAGGAGCCCAGACGCCUGCCUGCCAAACCCGUGCCGGCAUCAGGGGGACUGCCAGGUGAUGGAGGACAGACCAGUUUGCAGCUGCAAACCAGGCUUCACAGGGGCAUUAUGUCAAGAUGUGGUACUGAAGUUGGCCUGCAAGGAAGAGCACAUGAAGAUGAUGGUGAGGAAGGAGGUGUUUGAACACUUGAAAAUUCCUCAGGAGCUUGUCCACUUGAAGAACCGGGCAUGCAAGGUCUCAGAAAGGGAAGAAGAGGGCGAGCUUUUUUUUGCAGCCAUUCUCACGGGUGAAAACCACACUGCCUGCGGAUCAGUAAUUCAGCAAAACAACUCCCACGUGUCGUAUUCCAACAUCAUUGAGUCAGAGCGGGAAGCGCGUGGGGGUAUGAUCUCCCGGAGUUUCCAGCUGGAGGUGCAUUUCUCCUGCAUCUAUGCCUAUGAGCAGGUGGUGAAACUGCCCUUCGCUCUCACUGCUGUUGACAAGCUGGUGCAGUUCAUGGUCAGAGAAGGACACUUCAACGUCAGCAUGACACUGUACAAGACUCCCUCCUACCUCCAGCCCUAUCACCUGCCGACCACGGGCAUCCCCAUCAUGAACACGCUCUAUGUCCUUCUGAAGAUAGAAGGAGAAGGACAGCACCACCUCAGAUACUACCUGCUGAGUGUUGAGGACUGCUGGGCCACGCCAGGUGCUGAUCCCUACCAGGAUGUGCGGCACAAGCUCAUUGAGAAGGGGUGUCCCCACGAUGAAACAGUGACAUACCUGAAUGCUAUUGGAGAGAGCACCGCCGCCAAGUUCAGCUUCCAGAUGUUUCAGUUUGUUGGUUACCCCGAGGUGUUCCUGCACUGCCGUGUCCGACUGUGUAUCACUGACAGCCCGGAGCCUUGUGCCAAGCAAUGCCCCAGGCACUGGAGGAGUAAGCGGGCGUUGACAGAUGACUACAGUAAGAUUGUCUCCUACGGCCCCAUCCACCUGCUGGCUGCUCCUUCCUUGGGAGUAGAGACGCACCAUUCCAGGGCUGACCAACAGGACCUGGGGGGACCCAACCUGUGGCUCCCCGGGGCCCUCAUUCUGCUGUGUGCGCUUGGUGUGCUCACCGCGGCUGCUGCGGCCGUCAGCGCGAGGCGGCAAACAGUGUAG